AUGGCUGGAAAUGAGGAAAGUGAUACAGAGGCUUUUGAAGCCGUUUUUGGAAAGGAGCGUCCUGGAAGGGUAUGUUGUUAUGGGAGAAACAUAACUAAAACUUCCUUAAAGCGAAAGUCGGAGAUCAAUGCUUUGAAAAAAGCACACAAUGAAGAGGUCUCUACAUUGAGGAACGAUUUUGAAGAUAAGAUUGGUAGAUUACAAAAUGCUUUUAAGACAUUAAUGCAACAUUGCAAUCCUCAAAUUAAUAUGGAGUCAAUAGAAGAUUUGUUAGGAUUAUCCCAUGGAGAUGCUAAUAGUGAUCCAAAAGAGAGUGGCCCACAAAUGCAUUCAUCUACAUCGGCUCAUGCUCCAUGUAUUCUAAAGCGGCAAAGUAUCACUGAAGAUGAUGAUGAGGACAACGGCGCAAGUGAUGAAAUUCAUGAGGACGACUUAAAUGAUGAGGAUGAAAUAAGUGAUGAAUUUCAAGAAGACGACAUAAGUGAUGACGACAUAGGUGAUGACCUUCAAGAUGACGAUUUAAGUGAUGAAGAAGAGGAUGAUGUAGAUGACAACGAGUUGGACAAAUUUAAAUGA